AUGGCUCCAUCUGUUACAGAGACCGUGACACAAGUCACAGAGAAUCUCAAGCAGAAGCCGGUUGCGAACCUUAAGACUCCAGCCCAACCAACCCUUGAGACCGGACAUCGGGAGCCCUUGAAGCUGAGCGGAGCUCUUGACCAGUUCAAACAGUUCGAUGUCACUCCAGUUAUUGGAAGGGAAUUUGCGGAUGUAGACCUUGCGGAAUGGCUUAGGGCCCCUAACUCUGACGAGCUGCUCAGGGAUUUGGCUAUCACAAUCUCUCAACGAGGCGUCGUUUUCUUCCGCAAACAAGAUAACAUCACCAACGACCUCCAGAAAGAACUCGUCCAGCGCCUUGGAGAGCUGAGCGGAAAGCCGGCGACCUCUGGACUCCACAUUCACCCAGUUCACAACGGCGCCCGCGGCAGCGGCACCGGAGACGACGAGAUCAGCGUCAUCUCGUCUGAGCAGGCCAAGAAGAUCUACUCUGACCGCUUUCUCAAGUCCAGCAAGCGCCAGAGCCAAAAGGGACAGUGGCACUCUGACAUCACUUUCGAGCCCAUUCCGAGCGACUAUGCUUUGUUGAGAUUGACCGAGUUGCCAAAGACGGGAGGAGAUACACUGUGGGCAUCUGGGUAUGAGCUCUACGAUCGCAUCUCCAAGCCGCUGCAGAACUUCCUGGACGGCUUGACUGCCUACUACGCACAGCCUGGUUUCAAAGAGGCCGCCGAUGCGAAUGGAUUCUCUCUCUUUUCCACUCCUCGAGGAGCUCCCGAAAACGUCGGCGAUGUGCUUGAAGCCAUUCACCCAGUUAUUCGUACCAACCCUGUUACCGGUUGGAAGAGCGUCUUUGCUGUCGGCCAUCACGUCCAGUACAUCCAUGGCCUGACAGAUGAUGAGUCCAAGCACUUCCUGAACUGGUUUGUUCAAUUGAUCGUCGAAAACCACGAUCUGCAGGUCCGCAACCGAUGGCAGAACGUCAACGACCUGGCUAUUUGGGACAACCGCAGCGUCUACCACGCCGCUACCCCGGACUACAUCAACGAAGGACUCGGAGAGCGCACUGGAUCCAGGGCUGUGAGCUUGGGCGAGAAGCCGUACUUUGAUCCCCAGAGCGUGAGUCGCAGGGAGGCUAUUGCGCUUGAGAGGGCAUGA